UCGAAGAAUAAUCACAAAAGCGAAACGACAUCAUCAUCAAUCAUCAACUUCUGUUCGGUGAAUUUUAGGUGGAAAAUUGUCUAGAAAAUGUGUAUUGGGAAGAAAAUGUGUUUGCAUUUCCCACUCGGUUCGGUUUAGAUGUGCAUGAUUACGUGCUUUGCCAACGUUCACCAAAGUUAUCCAGUGACGGUGUCAAAUCGUUCGAUAUAAGUGGAAAGGUUUCCUAAUAGGAAGCUCGGUGAAAUUUUUCGCUGCGUGAAUUGUAAUUACAAAAUAUUGGAACAAAAACAAGGAAAAUCGCUACCGUGCUUGUGUGAUUCUAUUUGCUGGACCGGAGAGGUGCAAUCUUUGCCUACUUUGCAUAUAUUUACAUUUUUGGUUCUUUCUGUGCGGCUUGCUGAUGUUUGCAGUAAUGUUUUGCACUGACGUGUCAUCGUUUCGAUAGAGAGAAAAAAACAAUGCAUUGCAGAUUGUGAAAUGUAUCGCGGCAGUGCGAAGUGAUUCUUCGGCUCGAUAGGAAAGGAAAAUCUUAUCAGUGAUGUGACUUAUCCCCCCACAAAAAGUAGUUGGUUGCUAUUGGGGGGAAGUGAGAUUACCUCAAAAGAACUAUAGGUUCAGAUACUUUAUUGUCCAACGGGUCAUAAUCUUACGUAAGGUUGACCAUCUUCACUACGCUUUGAUAGUGUUUUACAGGAAGGAUUGUUUCCGAAGUGGCUUAAAACCGAACCAAACCACAAGCUGUAAAGGAUGUCGUUCGUGAGCGGAACAACCACAGACAACGAGGCGGCACAAAAGUUUCUGGAGACGCUGCAGAAUGAUUUUCGUGUUCUGUCGCUGGAAACGAAGAAAAAAUAUCCGCAGAUCAAAGAGUCAUGUGAGGAGGCCAUACUAAAGCUGAAAACGGCCGCCGCCAAUCCGCAGACCCCCGUUCAUUACGUGGUCAACCAGAUUCUGUACCCAUUGGUGCAGGGCUGCGAAUCGAAAGAUGUUAAAAUCAUCAAGGUCUGCCUCGGGAUGAUGCAACGGUUGAUUACGCAACAGUUUGUAGAUCAGAAAGGAGCUCGGUACAUUACCGAUACGUUGUGGAUGCUGAUGGAAAAUGGUACCGAGGAGGUGAAAAUUCUCCAAAGUGUGACACUGCUGCUGACGACAAAUACGGUGGUCCACGGCGAGACACUGGCUAAAACUUUGGUGUUGUGUUUCAGAUUGCACUUCACCAAGGACUCAACGACUAUUAACACUGCAGGGGCGACCGUGAGACAGUUGGUUUCUUUGGUAUUCGAAAGAGUCGUUGCGGAAGAAGCAGAAGCUGAGGCCAACCAGGACGAGAAACGAGAGGUGAAUUUGGAAGAACUCAAACUGGCCACGGGAGUUGCUCCGAAAGGUUUGCGACCAUGUGCAGCAGAUGCUUACUUACUGUUUCAGGAUUUAGUUCAGCUCGUCAAUGCAGAUCAGCCCUAUUGGCUACUGGGAAUGACCGAAAUGACACGCACAUUUGGAUUGGAGUUGUUAGAAUCUGUACUAACUCAGUAUACGUCGGUGUUCUAUAAGAACCCGGAAUUCUCGUUCCUACUGAAGGAACGUGUCUGUGCCCUAGUCAUUAAGCUCUUUUCACCGAACAUCAAGUACAGAACGAUGGCUCCGCAGAAUGCUCAAACAACUGCUCCGCACGAUAAACCGUACUUCCCCAUCAGCAUGAGACUGUUGAGGGUCGUUUCCAUUUUGAUCCAGAAAUAUCACAAUUUGUUGGUUACGGAAUGCGAGAUAUUCCUUUCGCUGAUUGUCAAAUUUCUGGAUCCCGAUAAACCAUCCUGGCAAAGGUCUCUUGCCCUGGAAGUGCUCCACAAAAUGACCAUUCAACCGGAACUGCUGAUAUCGUUUUGUCGCUGCUAUGACCUCAAAGAUCACGCCACAAACAUUUUCCAGGAUAUCAUAAACUCUCUUGGAACUUACGUUCAGAGCCUGUUCGUUAACACGCAGCUGUUAAAUAGCUCCGUUGGCGGGGCUCAAGGACAGCCAGCAGCCUUGAUCGGCGGACUUCCGGUCGGACCUGGGAUCUCGCCACAACCAGGUUUUCUCUUUCGUGGAGUAUUUCUUCCCCUGGUUGUAACAUUCCCCGCUGGGCAAUCUAAAUCGAUGUUCUUGGAAAUGUUGGAUAAGAUGGAACCACCUGCAAUUCCGGAUGGUUAUGGGAUAUCCGUUGCGUACGCCUGCCUUCUGGAUAUUGUACGAUCAAUCUCGCUAUCAAUUCAAGGACCCUCCCAGCUGGGUGUAGAAAAUCCUAUCCCCUACAGAAAACGCGUAUCCGAAGAUGAUAAAGCCCUGCACAUUCAGCUUAUUUACUCCAGUUGGUUGGGGCUACUAUCUGCCUUAGGGCCUCUCAUCGACGCCGCCACUGACGAAUCCACAACGGAAAAUGUUCUGAAGGCCAUUCAGAAUUAUGCCGCCCUUUGCGGUCUGCUGGAACUACACACCCCACGAGAUGCAUUCAUAACGGCACUCUGCAGAGCUUCGCUUCCUCCACACUAUGCCUUAUCAGUGCUGAAUGUCAACUACCAAGGCAGUCAGUUUAAAUCUCACUCUCGUGGUGGCAGUCAAGAUAUGGGAAACGUAUUUCUCGGUUCGUACGGUGAUGCUGACCAGCAGCAACAACAGCGACAUCCAGUGGUCGCCGUCGGAACACCUCUCCCAACAUCGUCACUUCCGGUAGGAGCCCAUCAGGGUCCUGUACUGCUGACCGCCAAGAACCUCCAGUGCAUGAGAUCAGUCCUUCACUUGGCUCAUUGCCACGGAGGAAUCCUGGGUAGUUCGUGGCACAUCGUGUUGACAACUCUUCAGCACCUAGCUUGGAUCUUGGGGCUAAAACCGUCAACCGGUGGAAGCCUACAAGCAGUUCAGAAACCACAAACUGAUGCAAAUUCAAUCACGCAAGUGAUGACAGACCUACCGGUUUUGUCACAAAUGUUAAGCCAGCUUUUCGAAUCCAGUCAGUAUCUGGAUGACGUCGCCUUACACCACCUGAUCGACGCUCUUUGCAAACUAUCCCACGAGGCAAUGGAACUGGCCUACAAUAACCGCGAGCCAUCUCUGUUUGCCGUCGCGAAACUACUGGAGACCGGCCUGGUCAAUUUAUCGCGCAUCGAAGUCCUCUGGCGACCUCUGACCAACCAUUUGCUGGAAAUUUGUCAACACCCGCACAUCCGAAUGCGAGGAUGGGGCGUGGAAGCCAUCACGUAUUUGGUCAAAGCUGCCCUCCAGUAUAAAUAUGAGAAACCAUUGAAGGAAAACCUAAAGCUACAGACACUGCUACUGGGACCACUUUCGGAACUAUCCUCCGUUCCCCACGGUGAUGUACGCCAACAUCAGCUGGAAUGUGUUCUGCAAGUGCUGAACGGAGCCGGCGAAACCUUAUCCCACGGGUGGCCGCUUGUACUGGGAAUCAUCGGGGCUGUCAACGAUCAUCACGGUGAAACCCUAAUCCGAAUUGCCUUCCAAUGCUUACAAUUGGUGGUUACCGAUUUUCUACCGGUGAUGCCAUGGCGCUGUCUGCCUCUCUGUGUAAAUACAGCGGCCAAGUUCGGAUCCCAAACGCAGGAGCUAAACAUCUCGCUGACUGCAGUUGGUUUGAUGUGGAACAUUUCCGACUAUUUCAACCAGAACCAGGAGAAGCUAUCGCAAACAGUUUGCGACGAUACGUCGGUUCUGCCGGACUUCCCCGGUACCCUCAACAUGCCUCACUUUGAUCGUUUGUGGAUGUGCCUAUACGCGCGACUCGGUGAUCUGUGCGUCGACCCGAGACCAGCGGUCCGCAAGUCGGCUGGGCAGACUCUGUUUUCGACGAUUUCCGCCCACGGAAAUCUACUGAAUCCGCCCACCUGGCAGGCGGUCCUCUGGCAGGUACUGUUUCCGCUGUUGGACAAGGUACGCGCACUGUCCAGCUGUGCAAGCAGUGAGAAGGUGGAUACCAGCGGUAACAUAUUGAUCCAUCACUCGCGAAAUACGGCACAGAAACAGUGGGCAGAAACGCAGGUUUUGACACUGUCCGGGGUUUCUCGGGUAUUCAACACGAAACGUACCCUUCUCCAGAUGCUAGGAGAUUUUCCGCGAGCUUGGGCCUUGUUACUGGAGUUCAUCGAGAACUCGGCCCUCAGCAAGAGUAACGAAGUUUCGCUCGCAGCAUUGAAAUCAUUCCAGGAAAUUUUAUACAACCGCCCGAUGCCUCCGACGGAGGAAUCAACCAAGACGGCCAAACAAUCGGAAAAGGCAGCCAACGAGGAAAUAGACAUAUGGAACGUGGCCUGGCGAGUUUGGUUGACUAUUGGAGCGGAAAGCACGAAACCGCCCUCGUUGUCCUCGGACGGUCCGGACAGGGGAGGCGAUGAUAUCUACAUACCGAGCCAGGCAUUUUUGACAGCGCUAGUGCAAAUCUUUCCCGCCUUGUUUCAGCACAUACGAACGCGCUUUACCAACAAGGAUCUUACGCUGUUUUGUACCGUGCUGAUGAAUGCAGUGGCCGUGCCGGUGCAUAGUGAUUCGACGCCUUACAUCAUGUCGACUAUUUCCGACUCACUGCUGACUCCGCUGCACGACGGUGUGCUAGAUUGUAUGGAACUACUGCAAAAAGAAGCAAUUGGAGGUGGAAAGGAUGGAACAAAUUUGAAGCAUAUGAUAUCAGCUAUCUUCAAGCAGUUGUUGAGCUUCAGCAAAUUUGCCUGUGUGCCGCCUUCUUUCGAUCGGAUUGAGACGAGACCGGUUAAAUCCACCCGCUCCGGCAGUGGUGUGGUUAUCCAUCAACUGCCCACGAGUAACGGAGUGGAAUGGGUUAGCAUGAACUACAUUCCCUUCGGCGAGAAAGCAUUGACGGUGGCAGUUAAACUGUACCAGCAAACGGCAGCAGACGAAACCGUUAUCGAAGGUCAGAUUCUGCAUGAAAUUAUCAAAGCGCUGCAUUUGCCGCUGUCGCUGAAGUACAACUGUAUGUCGUCUAGCACCUGGAAGCUGGCUAUUUCUAGUUUGAUGACUGUGCUUCAUACGGGGCUGCCGGUGGCUAGAAAGAAUCCAAAACCGUUUGCUCCCCUGUGGAAGGAUCUGUCAGAUACGUUGGAUCAGUUUUUAUUCCCGAAAAGUGUCUGCGUGGUGGAGGAUCGCGGACUGGACGAGCUGGUGCUGGAUGAAACGAUCGAUUGUCAGGUGAUCGAGUUGAUACGGGAUGAGAUGCUACCCCAUAGCCACGAAAUCCCGCAACAGUUCAUCCUGGAUGCUGUCGUACUGCUGAAUAAGGGAUCGAUCCAUUCUGCGACUACGGGAAGUACACCGUUCGCCGGUUGCGAGACGGAACUGAAGCUAAGGGAAGAGUUUGCAAAAACUUGCUUCGAAACGUUGCUGCAGUUUUCCCUGCUGGACGAUGGGAUAGUUGGAGUGGGGCCCGAUCUGGGAAGCAAUAAGACAAACAAUAACACCGAGAAAGAUGCGGCUGCAACGGUCGGAGGUGGUGUGAACGAAGGUGGCAUCGCAGGACGAUUGGCCAUUACGGCACUGUUGCAUCGUUUUGAGGAGGUUCUCAGAAAGUUCAAUGAUGACGAACGAUUGAGCGGGAAAUUUCCCCUGCCAAGAUAUCGUCUUUCGGAGAUAUCGUUUGUCUUGAAGGCCGUCGCUACCCUUGUGAUAUCAAUGAAAAAGGCGCCACCAGCUAAAGUUGGCACAACCGCUUGGGAGCAACUGAUCGGACUGUAUCCAUACUUAGUUGAGUGCACCACAACGUCGUCCGCCGAGGUUUCUCGUUCCCUUCGGGAAGCCCUUCUUCAGUAUUGUGAUCUUCUGCGGCCUCCGCUUUCGGCAACCGGCCACAGUUCAUCCUCUCCGACCAACAACAACGCCCUGGUCAACAGCAACGGUAUUAGCCACUGUUAGCUGGUUUCCUUUCCGGCCGGAAGUUUCUAUUUUUUACUGCUGUACGAUUCCGGUCUGCUGGUGAAGAUCGUGUUUUGAUGCUACAUUUCGUAUAUGUAUGUAUUAAUUUUUCUCGACCGCUUGCCUCGGGGCUGUUCUACGAGGGCAUACUUUGUGGUCUCGUGCGACCGAGUCCGCUACUAAACGAAAGCCUACGGUUUCUGCAAUACUACAAUAAAACGUGGUGCGAGUGGAAGUCCAAUGAAAACUAUGUAUUUGUAUAAACUCAUAUUAUUUAUACCUUUUAAAGUUGAAAGUCAGUUUGAUAACUCGUAUCGUAAAGAAAUUUUAGAAUUAGAACACACUUUGUAGUAAGCAUUAUGGCAGAGGCACGUGCAAAUUGUUAGUAACUGAAAAAUGUGAUUAAGGCCAUUGUAUUUGAUUUAUUUGUCGAUAACUGAACUUUAAUGCGUCAUAGCAAAAUUGAAUCCAAGCCGGACAGCCUUUCAUCAACACUAAUUUUUAUUUGUUCCUUAAAAACAAAACGAUGAAUUUUGAAUAUUUCACACGUCCGAUGUGCUAAUUUCCAAUAAACAAAAUACGAUAUGUACUUCAAAAGUAUUCAAACCCAAUAAUAUCCAUUCAUCAUUAUUAAAAUACAGUAGUGUUUUGCAGCGUAAUUUGUUGCCGUAGAGAUGAUAAUCCCACUUAUUAGCAGUAAUAGUGCCAAUCUUAACACUUAGACUCUUCCUAUUGAAAUCUUAAAUCCGUGUUUGCGCUACUAUUAGUUAAUAUUCCUAGACGAUUUUGGAGACCGAGAUAACCCACAGUUAUUUAUUGCUCAUCCGUUCAAUUCCUCUAAAAACAUUUACGUUUCAAUAGAAAAACCGAUAGAACAUAGGCAUAAAGAUUUUAAAGUUAAACAAUCAAAAGAUACUAUUCACAAAAUACCGGUUGUGGUAAUCAUUCAUUUUUAAAAUAAACUAAAUUAAAUCAAUCCAUUUAGAACGACAAAACAGUUUGGGGAAAUUUCCGGUUUUUUUCUCCAAUCGAUGCGGCUGAUGAAAAAAACACUCCAGUGCACUGAACAUCUAUUGCAAAUUCUGUCUACUAAUCGAAACUAAUUGGAGAUUAAAAUUAAAUAGUUAUAGUGGAACUUAACUGUAAUCGCAUUCUUGCACAACUGAUCAACUUAUUUGAAGAAAUGAUAAGUACAUAAAAUACACAUCUGUGAGAAUGAAACAACACACAAAACAGACGCUUCUAGGGAAACCAUUCAUUUAACAUACGCGCUGAGAACCGGGAUACAACAAUAAAAGGAAACGAAUUUAUUUUCAAUGAGGACAGUUCUGCAAAUUUAAUAAAAUGGUUCUAGUGCAUGAUUAAA